CAUCUGACGAAAUAUGAACGUGGUACACAUUAAGCCGAGAAUCAUCUUCUCCGAGUAAAGUGCACGAUAUGGUAAAUACCGAAGCAUCGAAGACGAGAAAAAUAUACGAUCCGAAUCCGGAAUACCAGUAUUGGGGUACUUCACGAUUUGCGACUACGCAAUUGGAACCGCAUAGACGUCCUCGCGAUGACCGUGAAGAAACGUUACCGACUAGUAAUGCUGUUGAACAACAGCAAGACGGAGCUCGGGUUUAAAUAACCUUUUGUCCAGCACUUCCUUGUGUGUGCGAUGGCUGAGGCCUAUGUGACCACGAUUUCGACGUCUCGUCUCACCAGCACCCCGGCCAAGGCUGCUCAAUCCCGUCGAGACGUUCGUUGGUUGAUCCUGCCCACGCUUGCGACUGGUCGCCCAAAACGGCUUGGUGGUUUGAUGCGUUCAGGCGUGCGGCCAACUCAGAAUAAUUUUGUUACAAGAAACACGUGUCGCAACGGAUUGAGUGGUCGCUUUGAGAAGUGGUAGGCACUCGCUUGGGCAUACAUACGUCCCAGAAAAAAAUCGCGGAAACCUCGUCCUACUGGCCUGCUUCUUAAUCCCCUGCUGAUGGUGCCGCUCUACUACUCCACCCCUAGUCGGGGACCGCGUGGCUUAAGGAUGUCUGUUCCGCGCAUUUUGUUGCCAGCCCAGGAACCCUGGUUGGUACGCGGGUUUACCGUCGUGUGUAUCUAUGCCAGUACAGAUCGAUGAAAGCGGGCUUCUGCCUCAACUGAUGUCGACAGAAAUGGUUAUCAUGGGCAGCAAUUUUUUACUUUUACUAUACUUUCCAUCCUGAACUUGACCAAAUCAAGCACUUGGAAAUCUCGAGCUACCCAACUGUACUUGACUUGCUGCUGGGAUCUUGGCGAUUGAUAGACGCGGUAUCGAAUGAUACUGUCGAGAUAUCCCCCCGCGCAGAUGUCACUACCGUUCAAGCGGAAUUUGUCACAUAUUCAUAUAAAUCCGGACGCGAUGAAUCCCUCGCUACGGAGCUCUUUGACAAGUGGUACGACUCAGCGACAGCGCUGGCCUAAGUUCAGUAUAUGACCAGCUUACAACGCUCGGACCACGAAUCUGUGAUACUCUUACUGCGAUCAAUGACACGCGAGAAGCUGCUAUCUGAAGGAUCCGGUAUUCGCUUCUGCAAUGUGUCGCGUAGGGAGUGCGCAAGUGAAAAUCGAGAUCUAGCAAACAGAAAGUCUUCACUUAUCUCAACUUUCGUCGCAAGGGUCUUUAGCGCAUGUAUUCUUUUAAAGAUCAAGUUGCGCGAUCAUGACUUGUGUUGAAGCUGAUGCGUCUCAAGCUUGCAUCAGCUAGAUACAGAAAUCGGGUCAAACAUCGUUAUAACGCUCCUCGGGAUGCCAAACAAACUCUCACGAUCAACUUGUUGGCCGAUCCAGCCUCGAUGAAAUGAAAUACCUCCGGAAUGGUGACUUUCCUUCAAACCAGAUAUCAUAGACACUAGCGGCUCUCCAGGCUAUUGGCAUAGCUCGUUUGCGUCAUCUCAGUAUGCAGGGCGCAACUAAAUUAGAGGGCUUCUUUAUACUCCGAGUUUUGGUCAGAGACUCUACCAUGCACGGCGCAGUUUACGUUUAUGAAAAUCCGGUGGGUAUUCGGGAGGCUGUCGACUCCAUCAAAGCGUGCGCCAGCAGCAAGGUCUGUGGCUCUGAUGGGGUCUCUAAUGUGGCACGUUGCACUCUGACCGGAAUUCUUGCGCCUCUGCUCAUAGGUUGGUGUUCUUCUGGCACGUUGCCGACGGGCUUUUGCGAAGCAUUCGCAUUCUGCACAUAUAAUAGGUAGUGACAAGUGGACUUGAUUUUCCACCAGUUGUACCUCUGAACACGGAUUACAAGCCGUACGCUAUAAUUCUUCUGAUAACGAUUUGGACCAAGGUCUCCACAACUUCUCUCGCAUACGGGAUAUUGCUGUUCAGGGGCCAU